AUGAACCGAUUUACGAGAGCAGAAUUAAAUUCGACAUUUCGUCCCGUAUUACUGUAUAAUGAAACUGUUUUAGCGACACAAGAUAAUGUAGGACUUUAUGAUGGCAACGAAAAGGCAGCUGAUUAUAUGAAUGGAACAGCGUACCUAACUUCACACAGAAUUAUUUAUGUGGAUUCCCAAAACCCGGUCACCAAUUCGAUCGCAGUUGAAAUAAAAUUUAUCAAAGGAAGGGAUUUUUAUGUAAGGAUUUGGCAAGCGAUAGGCUUUGUCAGGUCUUCACCAAAGAUUACUUUACGAUUCUCGGAUACGACCUCUCCCUAUUCUCAUUCUGAUAACCAGCUAUAUCAUAGCUCUCCAUUUUCUUCUGUCACUAAUUUACAAAACACCUUACCACCAACAUCAUCAUCAUGGAUAUGUCCUAUUUGUUCAUUCAUAAAUAGAGAUCUUCAAGACAUUAAAUGCCGAUUAUGUGGUGUUAAACGUAUUGCCUCAUCUGCCUCAUCAACUUUAAAUGUUAGAUCUGAUUUUGAGGAUUCUGUUGAUCAACUACAACGCUCACCAUCUCCCAAUAUCCCAACUGAUGAUAUUGGAAUUGCUUGUAAGGUUUGCACAUUUUUGAAUCAUCCGAGUAUGAUCAAGUGCGAGAUGUGUGAAGCCGAUUUGAGAACAUUUGAUGUUAGUAAUUUGGACUUUGAAAAUGAUCUCGAAGCUUCAAAAAAUUUUAAAUCUGCCAAGGACAAUGAUUUUGUGAGAUUGGCAUUUCGAGAUGGUGGUUCAAAUGCUUUUUAUGAAAAAUUGAAAUCGGCGAUGGCAGCAAAGGAAUGGGAGAAAGCACAAGAAACGUCAAUGGGUAUAAUUCGUAACGCAGAACAAAGUCAAAAGGAACAGAAGGAAACGUUGAAUCAGGCUUUUAAAGAUUUGGAUGGCCUAAUGGCGAAAACUUCUGAAAUGGUUAAACUUGCAGAAUCUAUCAGGAAUAAAUUGAGCAAGGAACUAGAUUCAGAAACUUCAACAGACGAAACAUCCGAUUUUAGAACAUAUUUAAUCGAAUUAGGAAUACCAAAUCCUGUAACAAAAGAUUCUGCUGGAUCUACAUACCACAAAGAACUAGCACGUCAACUUGCCGAGUUCCUGGAUAACUUGCUGGAAAAGGAAAAUGGCAUGAUGUCAUUGACAGAUAUUUAUUGUCUUUUUAACCGAGCGCGGGGGGUUGCGUUGAUAUCUCCUGAAGAUUUAUAUAAAGCAUGUUCUCAAUUUGAACAUUUAAAUUUACCAAUGCGAUUAAGAAAAUUUUCUAGUGGCUUGAUGGUCGUUGACGAUGAACAAAUCGCUCAACGUAUUUUGCAACAUAUAAAAACUAAGGGACCGUUGACCGCUAUUGAGUUGGCUUCACUGGACAAAAUGAGCGUUGUCUUGAUAAAUGAACAAUUGCAGAUGGUUGAAGAAAAGGGUCUUAUCUGUAGAGAUGAGAGUGUCGAAGGAGUCCGAUUUUAUGAUAAUUUGAUAAUAAAUUUUCGUUGGGAGAAAUAA